GCUGCUCCAUCGAUCUCCAAGCUAACAAUUAAGUUCGUCUUACAUAGUCUCACUGAAAACACCUCUCUAAUUAAAGAGCUUCUCAGAGAGAGAAGAAUGUCUGGUGUAUGGGUUUUCAAGGAUGGUGUUGUUCGCCUGGUUGAGAACCCGGCGGCGGAAUCAUUGGAUGCGCGGCGCAAGGUGCUAGUCCACACGCCUAGCAACGAGGUGAUUACCUCGUACGCGGCCCUGGAGCGGAAGCUGUUGUCGCUUGGUUGGGAGAGGUACUACAAGGAUCCAGACCUCCUCCAGUUCCACAAACCAUCCACAGUCCACCUCAUCUCUCUCCCCAAGGAUUUCAACAGGUUCAAGUCCAUGCACAUGUUCGAUAUCGUCGUCAAAAACCGUAACAUGUUCGAAGUCAAGGACAUGUAGUAAUACUACUAGUUCUUGUCCGGCCCAGCCCCUGGCCUGUGCUUCCACGUCGUCGUUCGUGCAUGGCCGGUGUGCGUUGCUAGCUAGUUCCUCAUGUGUCAAUGCAAUAUCUCGUCUCUUUAAUGUUUGUUUGUGCUCAAGAAUUAACUGCUUUAUGUUUUUUCGUACGGGAGGUGGCUUUCCUACUUGACCGUGACAAUAAUAGUUUCGAUUAUCCCAUCAUCAGUCUAGUUUUCCCAUUUAUGGAUCUUUUCCUGCAAAAAAUAAAAUAAAAAUGAUCCUUUAGGUCAAGUUUGUGCAUAGUUAGGGAAGCUAAUUAAUGUAGUUUAAGGGUCUGGUCUUGUACGUCUGGUUGGUGAGCAUUAAUGCUUGUUAUGGUUGUGUAAAUUCUCGUUGCCUUUGUUCAAUGGAAUUUCUUUUUCAUAUA